ACCAGCGAAGUUUUUGACUAAAAUAUUACUCUGUAGCAGCAUCUGAAACUGUACUGUAGGUAGUUCAGCUUUUUAUGGAUUCGCACACCUUCGCCAGUCACGUGCCGAUUGGCCCUCCACCCCGCGGAGACCAUUGAGUAUUGACUAUUGUCAUAUACCACGAACCAAGGCUUUAGCCCGCUCAUCGUCUCAAGAUGGCUGGGACUAGCUAUGGGGGCUCAGCUUCUGAUCAGAAGCUGCCAAAGAACACACCCUCGCCAGGUAAUGGAGCAGAUAGCGAUGAGGAGGAGUUUCACGAUGCGCGGUUCCCGCCCGAAGAAGAAGCUCGACUGCUGAAAGAAGCCCAAGAUAUUAAACAAGAGGCAAACCAGCUUUUUAGUUCUGCAUGCUACGACCAGGCCAUCUCCUCCUACGACCGCGCUCUCUCGUCCUGCCCCAACUACCUCGACUACGACGUUGCCGUUCUCCGGAGCAAUAUUGCUGCUUGCUACUUGAAACUUGAGGAUUGGAAGGCUGCAAUCGAUGCGGCGACAGCAUCUCUCGAUCGCCUGGAAAAGAUCAUCCCUACACCUCCCGCCCAUAACGAGCAACGAGACGGGCAACAAUCGAAUGACGCAAAAGCCAGCACACAGGAGAGCGGAGAAGUUGUUGAGUUGUCUGCGACAGAUCCAGAUGCAGAGGAGAAACAGCUGGCACUGUUGAAAGAACUCGACACGCAGCGUACAAAUGUGCUGCGCAUUCGAGCCAAAUCCCUCAUGCGACGUGCCAAGGCCAAAUCCAAUCUCGGCGGCUGGGCCAACCUGCAGGGCGCAAUCGAGGACUAUCAGGCUUUGAAUACAAUGGAAACCCUCCCAUCCGACGAGAAGCGCAUCGUACAGAAGGCGCUGCGGGAGCUUCCUUCCCGAGUCAACGAGGCGAAGGACAAGGAAAUUGGGGAGAUGAUGUCCAAAAUGAAAGAUCUGGGCAACGGAAUCUUGAAGCCGUUUGGUCUGUCCACAGAUAACUUCAACUUUGUCCAGGAUCCUAAAACCGGCGGCUAUUCCAUGAACUUUCAAUCAUGAUGAACUCAAAUAGGUCCUGGAAAGUUCAAGGACUUCUCUCCAUUCACUUCCUUCUUGAUGGAGAAUGAUACAACCUCUACGGGACGUGCUCGGUCGUUUAACUGGAUCUUCGGAUCAAGGAAUCGAACAAGCCAGAUGCAAAGCAAAGCGACAAACUGGCGGUGUUGCGAACCGCUUGGACUCCUGCGAGGUUGAAUCGUUUCUCAGGCAUUCCUCGUGUAGAACAUGUGUACGACUGGCAGACUGGCAGACAGCCGUAAUAGCGGGCUCGAAAGAUGCACUUAUCAUUGGCUUUGACAACCGAAGGUUGAUGUACAUAGUCGACGUGAGUGGAUUUAGACUUCCAAGAACGUCGAGAAAAGCCAGAACUAGCGCUUCCAGCCCACCUAUGUUCAUAUUCUUCGACAGCAUAAAUGAAUACACUAUAGAACAUA